GCCGCAAAGCGAAAUCACACUAUCUCCGCUGAAACGCAAGUGAUUUUACAUGGACCGUCCGAUUGAGUGACACGUGAUCGAUCCGCGUGAAAUCGUGUUUGAACGGCCGAGAUCAGCGCUGCAGAGCAACUGGGGGGAAGCGAAGGGAAGAGGCUGGUAAACUUGGCUGUUUUCUCCAUUAUCGCGUGCUCGGUUUUUGAUCGAGUUUUUCUCCGUUUGCAGCACAACGAAUUUCGAAAUCCCGUGGAGAACGUAACGUGCUCUGGUUUCUGGACUCGAAGAUGAAGGCCACAAAGGAAUUGAGCGAGCAAGUGGAGGAAAACGAGGUCAAGGUUUUGGUUGAGGAGGACGACGAAGAAUACGAGUCCGUGGAUGAAGUAGUAGACGACGCAGAAGACGAUGAAGACGAAGAAGAGGACGAUGACGUCGACGAAGGAGACGACAAUGACGACGAGGAAGAUGAUGCUCCUGACGGCGGUGACGACGACGACGACGACGAAGAUGAUGAAGAAGAAGGUGAUGUCCAGCGUGGUGGUGAGCCUGACGACGACGAUAACGACUCAGACGACGACGACGACGAAGAUGAAGACGAGGAGGACGAGGAGGAGCAAGGGGAAGAGGAGGAUUUGGGAACAGAGUACCUUAUCCGCCCUUUAGAAACUGCUGAGGAGGAGGAAGCAUCAAGUGAUUUUGAACCAGAGGAGAAUGGUGAGGAGGAGGAAGAAGAUGUUGACGACGAGGACUGUGAGAAGGCUGAGGCUCCACCGAAAAGAAAGAGGUCAGAUAAAGAUGAUUCAGAUGACGAUGAUGGAGGCGAAGACGAUGAGAGACCCUCUAAGCGGUAGAGUUGGGUCCAUUCUUUGCUUAAGGGCUUAAACUAUAGGUUAACUUAUCUCCCCUUGUCCCUUAAAAACAUUUCAGGGAAUUGUUUCAUUUUCUCUUGCAUCAUUAUGGUGCUACAUUAUUAGGCUUUAUUACUUUCAUGUUUGGUGCAUAGUUUAUAACAUUUGGUAGAACAAAUUUUGCAGACUUGAAUGUUUUCUUUGAGCUACUUUGUAGCUCGGUAUAUCUCAUGUUAUGUAUCACUAUCUGUUGGUAGAUUUCUUCUGCCUUUA